GUUUGCCUUGUGAACGGGCCUCAGCUGCCGUGACGCGUACGCAAUUGGGCUGCCGGCGCGGGCAGCGGACGUACCGAGGAAGCCCGAGGAGGGCGGGUUCUUGCGGAUGCGGACGGGGAUGUGGCUCUGGAUGAACUCCCACAGCGCCCACAGCGAGCGCGGCUCCAGCACGUGGAAGUUGCGCUCCGGGUGCAGCUCGCGGUGCACGAAGUACGGCGUGAACAGGUCGAAGUCGGGGUUGGCGUACCACUGCAACCCGCAACGCAAGCACGCAAAAGGCGGCGAGGCGAAGAACCUCAUGUGCGGCGGGGCCGGCGGCGGGGGCGGGGCCGGCGACGUGUUCUGCGCGCUGUCGCUGGACCAGGAGGAGAUCUUCCGCACGGGCGCGGCGCCGCGCUGCCCGGACCCCUUCUUCGGGGAGGAGUUCCAGUUCGAGGUGCCGCGCCGCUUCCGCCACCUGGCCGUCUACGUGCACGCGCGCGACCGCGACCGCGCGCGCCCCGCCAAGGUGCUGGGCAAGGUGGCCGUGCGCCGGGACGAGCUGCACGCCUACCACGGCAAGGACCACUGGUUCCCGCUGCGCACCGUGGACGCCGACAGCGAGGUGCAGGGCAAGGCGCACUUGCAGCUGCAGCUGCAGGCCGGCGGCGCGCCCGCCGACCCCUCCAGCGCCACGGCGCUCUGCGUCAGGGUGCUGGAGUGCAGCGAGCUGACGCACACAAACGGAGCGUGCGACCCGUUCGCGACAGUGGCGCUGCGGUACAGUGACGGCCGCACCGAGAACAAGCGCACCCGCACGCGCAAGAAGACCACCUCCCCGCACUUCGACGACGCCUUCGUCUUCGAGCUGCCGAGCGCGCGCGGCGCGGGCCAGAACCACGAGCGGCAGUCGGGCGGCGCGGGCGCCGAGUGGGCGGAGCUGCGCGUGGCGCUGUGGCACGACGCGUCGGGCGUGGCGGCGGGCAACGUCUUCCUGGGCGAGGUGCGCCUGCCGCUGCUGGGCCAGCAGCACCUGCAGCGCGCCCUCGGCAGCGCCUGGUACUUCCUGCAGCCGCGGAGCGGGGCGCAGCGAGGCUCUCCCAAGCAGCCUGCGGGGGCGGGGGCGGGGUCGCCGCUGGCCGCCCUGGAAGGCCUGGGCUCCCUGCGCCUCAAGAUCCACUACACCGUCGACUACGUCUUCCCCAGCCCCGCCUACGACGCGCUCCGCGACCUGAUCCUACAGAGCCCGCAAGUCGAGCCUAUCACAUCUAGUGCAGCCUACAUCCUGGGUGAAAUAGUGCCUAGCAAGCUCGAUGCUGCCCAGCCUCUAGUUCGUGUGCUUGUUCACCAUGACCAAAUUGUUCCCAUGGUACGCGCUCUUGCCCACUGGGAGAUUUCUAAACUCACGGAUGCCAAUACUAUUUUCCGGGGAAACACUCUUGUAUCAAAAAUGAUGGAUGAAGUAAUGAGGUUAGCAGGUUUACAUUAUCUUCAUAACACAUUGCGACCAUCUUUGGAGCUGCUAUUCCAGGAACAUAAGCCUUGUGAGAUUGAUCCAACUCGUGUAAAAGAUCCUAAUGUUAUUGAAACUAAUUUGAAUAAUUUAAAGGGUUAUGUGCAAGCAAUUUUCCAAGCCAUCACUACAUCUGCUUUACAGUGCCCAGUAUUGAUGUGUCAGUUGUUUCAUGUGCUCAAGGAAAUAGCAAGUUACCAUUUCCCAUCAAAUAGGGAAGUCAAGUACUCUGUAAUUUCCGGUUUUGUGUUCUUAAGAUUCUUUGCCCCAGCAAUUUUGGGCCCAAAACUUUUUGACCUCACCACUGAACAAAUAGACCAGCAGACAAAUCGAACUCUUACCCUUAUCUCUAAGAUUAUACAAAGCCUAGGAAAUCUAGUGAGUUGCCGUUCUCUACAGCAACCUUGCAAAGAGGAGUACAUGACAGCUGUAUAUCAGACCUUCUGUACAGAGCAACACAUUCAAGCAAUACGACAGUUCCUGGAAAUAAUCUCUGCGGCCUCCAAUCCAAAUCCAAAUCAUCGAAAUUUAGACUCACCAGUGAUCUUAAAGGAAGGAGUGAUGAUAAAACGAGCACAAGGACGGAAGAGAUUUGGUCGCAAGAAUUUCAAACUUCGCUACUUCCGGCUGACUACCCAGGACCUCACUUACUCAAAAACCAAAGGAAAGGAACCAUUAUGUUGUAUACCAUUGGAUCAGAUUCUUGCAGUUGAGAGGUUAAAAGAAGAAUCAUUCAAGAAAAAGAACAUGUUUCAGAUAGUUCAACCAGAGCGUGCCCUGUAUGUCCAGGCAAACAAUUGUGUUGAAGAGAAAGAAUGGAUUGAUAUUCUGACAAAGAUUUGCCAAACAAAUGCAAACCGACUCCAGCGUUAUCAUCCAUCUGCCUUUGUAAAUGGUCACUGGCUUUGUUGUAGAGCUAUGGUAGAAGGGGCACCUGGAUGUACAGAUGUAUCUUCUUUUGAGAGUGAAAAAUCUCUUCAAAUGAAUCUAGAUCCUGAUAGAGAGCUGCAGCGCAUUCACUCUCUAUUUAUCUCGCAUAUGGAUCGGCUGGAGGCACUGACAAAUGCGUGUGAGUGCCAAGCAGUUUAUACGGGCGACAUCUGUUUUAUGCCCAGUUUUGUCAUCGAAGAUGUACAGUCAUGUUUCAAGACUCUGUCUCUUGUAAUGGAGACAGCGUACAAGCUGGAGCAGGAACAUCGCAGCUACCAGCGCUCACUUGCGCGAGAGACGAAAUAUGGCAGCAAGCAGGCACCAAUUGGAGAUGACAAUUACUUGCUAUUAGCUGGUCGUCCAGAUAGCCAUUUAUUUAAAACAUACAGCUCACCUAACCUGUCAACUGCUCUUGUGGAGCUACAUUUUACUCGGCUGUUUGCUGAAGAAAAUUUGGCUUUUACUGCUAAGAUGCUGCUCAUGUUUUCUGCCUAAUUCAUUUCUUGAAUUGAUGUUCCUGUAUGCUCCAUCUUAGGAAGAGAAAACAUUUUGUAAAUUUUAAUGGAAUUAGAGUAUUUUCCACUAUGAGAUGUGAAAUGAAAAGCUGCAGAGAAGCCUUUGUGUUUAUUCAAAUGACUUUUUAUGUUGCAUUUAUAUUUCAAAAAUACAUUUUGUAAAUCUUUUACACUGUUCAAUGUAAAUUAGAGGAAUAAUUUAUAAAAUAUGCUUUUUUAUCAAAGAAAGCUUACCUAUAAUUUUAAACAGAAUUUGAAUAUAUUGUAAAGCUUUAAAUGAUGGGCCGUUUAAUGAUACUUUGUAUGAAAUUGAAGAGCAAUAAUAUUCUUCUUAAUAUACCUCUAAUUUUUGUAACAGUGUAAGUUCAUCUUAAUUGAAAUCGUAUUUAUAUGAUCAUCAGUAAAAGACUGUGAAUGUGUGUUAGAAUGACACUGUACUCCAAUGUAUUAGUGUUUCUUAAACACAAAUUCUCAAUAGCAUCCUGCAAUCAUUGAAUACUCAAAUAUUGAGUGAAUGUUACCAGUUUUAUAUCAGAUAACUAUUUUUGUAAAUUUCCAUUUGCAUAGUGUAAUUAAUAAGACUUACUGAAUGGUGUGCUAUUGCAUUCUCAGAUUACAGUUGAAUAUGUGGAUGGAAAUUAAAUUCUGCUUUAAUAUAUUCAAGAAAAUGAUCUUGAAUCAGAACCACAUCAGCAAAUGUAUUUUGGCACAUACGAGAUGUAUCCUUGCUCUUCUUCAGUCCCAAAUAUCAUUACCUGUAAAUUGAUUGAUUGAAUAGUGGUUCUAGGUAUGUGAACUACUAAAUAUAGAGCAUGUUUUUAACAUGGGAGGUUCUGAUGAUCUCUGCCACUGGAUGGUGUGAUCCAGUGCCAACCUACUCUUUGGUUUGCAGGAUUUUCCACAUCAUGUGGUGGUGUAGUGCGUGUAAGUGAGGGGGAGGAAAGAUCAGGGUCACGGCCUAUUUCUUAGAGCACUGCUCUGGCAUUUGCUUGAUGUUAAUUAGAGAAACUUCGGAAAAAUACGGAUCAGAGCAGCCAACCACUAGAAUUCUCCCCAAGACAAUGGCCAAAUUCAACCCAGCUAUCUAGCUAGUGCUGAAGCUCCUACCACCUCCACUACCUGUUAAUAUUAAGUGUUCCGUUUUUUUCAAUACAAAUUUCAAUAGGCAUCUCUUACUUCAAUAAUCCAGAGGCAUGUUCAGAAAUGUAGACCACCCGGAUUUCGUGUAAAAGAAAAUUCCUUUAUUGAAGGAAGUAAACAUAAAACAUCACUUCAAUUAUCUUAUUAAAUACUGUAAACUUCUCUUUUACUCUUUUUGAAGAUGUUAAGAAAAAAUUGAGUAAAUUGGGGGAAAUACAUUUAGAGCUUGUAUAAUAAAAUACAGAACAAUACAUUAUUUUUAUUAACAUUAAUUUGUAAUUUGAAAUUAUGGGCUUCUUUGGCCUUACACUUCAAAAUACACUUCAGAUUUCUAAUCCCUCUGAAUACAAAGAGUUAUUGAAGUAAUUGUAUGAUCAACUAAACACUAACUUUUGGUUUUAUUUUUUUUUUCUGUGGUAUAGUAUUAUAAAUAGGGGGCAGAUUUUUAUGACUUAAAAAAAUGCUCUUAAAAUGUGAUCAAAAAUA